AACAGCUUUAUUUAUAUCAAUUUGUCUUUUUAAGCUCCUUUUCUAUUUUUCUGGGAAACUGGAAACAAAAGUCCUCUUUCUUUCUCUCUUCCUAGUAAUCUUGUGUUCUUGAUUAUCCAUCCAGACCAUAGUAACUCUUGUCUUUACACCUAUACACACAGCCUUGUAUCUAUAUAUCUAUAUAUUGAACAUAAAUCAAGAUUUUGUUUCUGGGUAUUUUAUUUUGAGGAGAGAUGAUGAUGUAUCCAUCUGCUGCGUCCUCAUCUUCUGCAAAUUCAGCUUCUGUUCGUGUUGAGAAAGCUACAAGUGAAUUUCUUAACGGCCCAGAUUGGACCUUGAAUAUUGAUAUUUGUGAUGCCAUCAAUCUCAAUCAUUGGCUAGCAAAAGAUAUUGUCAAAGCUUUGAAGAAAAGGUUGCAACACAAGAAUUCUCAUGUUCACCUACUUGCCUUGACGCUUUUGGAGACAAUGGUGAAGAACUGUGGUGAUCCUGUGCAUUCCCAAAUUGUCGAGAGGAAUAUACUGCAGGACAUGAUUAAGAUUGUAAAGAAGAAGACAAACAUGAGUGUCAGGGAGAAGAUCUUGGUGUUGCUGGACUCUUGGCAACAAGCAUUUGGUGGAGCUGGAGGAAGAUAUCCUCAAUAUUACUGGGCAUACGAAGAACUAAGGCGUGGUGGUGUUGAAUUUCCCCAACGUGCAUCUGAUUCAGCCCUGAUUUUUACGCCUCCUGUAACACAUUCAACAGUUGGACAUGCACAUGCAGGUUAUGGGAUGCCAAGCAAUUCUUCAACAAGGCUUGAUGAAGCUAUGGCAUCUGAAAUAGAAACUUUAAGUUUGUCAAGCAUAAAUUCAAUGCAAGAAGUUCUGGAUCUUUUAUCUGCCAUGCUGCAGGCUGUGGAUCCAAAUGACCGCAUGGCCAUAAAGGAUGAAGUGAUUGUUGAUCUAGUUGAGCGGUGCCGUUCCAAUCAUAAGAAGUUAAUGCAGAUGUUGACUACUACUAGUGACGAAGAACUUCUAGCCAAAGGACUGGAAUUAAAUGAUUGCAUACAAAAUGAGCUUGCUAAACAUGAUGCCAUAGCUGCUGGGCUCCCGUUGCCAGCUCAAGUGAUGAGCCCUAAACCUCAGUUAACCGAAGUACCUAGUUCCAGCCUCAAAGUCGACGACGGUAAAAAAUUUAGCUCUUCUCCACCUGCUGCACCCUCUGCACCUUCAACUGUGGUGAUAAAUGCUGCUGCUGAAGAAGAGGAAGAAGAAGAUGAAUUUGCGCAAUUAGCUAGAAGGCAUUCUAAAACUCAGUCAGCCACAUCACAAAGCACAUUUGCUGGAGCUAGUGAAACUGAACCUUCAUUGAGCAAUGCAUUGGUUGUAUCUGAUCCUCCUGUUCCUGUAAAGACCACAAAGGAGCAAGACAUGAUUGACUUUUUGAGCCUCGCCUUGUCAACUACUGACACUCCUCCUCCCGCUCCGGAUUCAUCUACUACGCAAAACAUGCAGCAAGCACCUGUUUCACCUAAUGGCCAAGGAAGCCCCUAUGCCCCGCAAACAUAUACUGGGAACCAGGGGAAGGUAGCCUUUAGCAGUUAUGUUGCUCCAUGGGCUCAGCCCCAGCCUCAGAUUCAGCAACAAGCACAGCUCCAUCAACAGCCUCUACCUCAGCAGCAACCACCAUCUCAGGCUCAGGGUCAACCCAGGCAAGCACAAUAUCAACCACAAGUUCAGUCUCCCCAGUUUUCUUCUGGCUAUCCAACUGGUCAAACUCAACAACCUCAAUUUCAGUCUUCCCAGUUUUCUCCUGGCUAUCCACUGGGUCAACCUCAAUAUCAAGCACAGGCUCAGUCUCCCCAGUUUUCUCCUGGCUAUCCACCUGGUCAAGGUCAACCUCAACAAGCACAGUAUCAAACACAUAGUCAACCUCAACAACCACAAUACCAAACACAUAGUCAACCUCAACAACCACAAUACCAAACACAUGGUCAACCUCAACAACCACAAUUUCAAACACAAAGGCAACCUCAACAAACCCAAUUUCAAACACAAGGGAAACCACAACAACCACAAGCUCAAUCUUCCCAAUAUUCUUCUGCCUAUCCUCCCCCACCAUGGGCAGCAACUCCUGGUUAUUACACAAAUCCAAGACAACAAGUAAAUACGACAGCUUAUAGGCCUAUGCAAGGUGCUGGAUCAUUGCAACAUGUAAACUCGGCUAAUGGGUCAAAUAUUGCUAGGGACGGACAAUCGAGCUUGGGGCCAACAGGCAAUGCUUCUGCAGGAGGACAAAAAACCUUUGUUCCUACAUACAGAUUGUUUGAGGAUCUAAAUGUGCUUGGAAAUGGAGAUGGAAGGUCCAAGACAAACAACACAUCCCCGAGUUUAUCAGGAACUACUCAAAGUAUGGGAGGUGGAUGGAAGUGAUAUGUAUUAUCCUCUUCCUACAGCAGCUAUCUCGUUUGUUUGCAAUGUGAACAUCGUCAAUAUGGUGUAACGAUAGGUAUUACCUUUUAUUGUUUGCUUUUCAACAUCGGGUUGCAGCAACCCGAUCUGGUAGAUAAGAGUGGCCAACUUCCUGUGUUUUUAGCUUAAUAUUUCGGAGGCAUUGUUUUGUAUGGUGACUUGGUUUUAUAUAAUUAGUAUUCGCUGACGGAGAACUGUACAAAUAGUAUGACAUUUGAUUGUGGGUGGAACUUGUACUUUGUUAUAUGUUGAAGAUAUUUCUAUAACAUUUUAAUCCAGUCUCCAUGCUUGGUUGUGGAAA